AUAGUGCCCACAGCAGUGGCUAUCUGCCGGCUGACUGGCGCGGUCCGUGCUACUCCCAGUGAAGGCCCGAGGAGGUGGCACGCCUCACGGCCCUUGUGAGAGGUCGCUGGGUGAGAGAGGCAGUGGUGGGAGCCCGCUGGGUGUGUGAGAGCGGCGGUGAGAUGGCGCCAUCGGCUGUGCUUCUGCUCUGUCUGACUAUGGCGGCUGGGACCGCGGCGGCAGAGGUGGCGCCGACAGCGGAUGUCGCCGCCGACCUCGAGGCACCGCCCCCGGUCUCCGAGGGAGAGCUGCCCUUUCUGGACUACGAGGACCCUCCGGAGGAUCCAGCAGGGGACGAACUGACCGCCGAGGUCACUGACCCCGCCGGAGAAGAGCCAGGACCGGAGAUUGUUGAAGGUGAACAGCCUGCUGUGGUCGAGGACGAUGGUCUUGAGGACGAUGACAUCCUGAAAGAUCAGCCGGAUGACGCUGCUAGUGAGACUCAAGAGAAGUCUGAAGAUGCAGCUGGGCUAGCAGAAGAAAAAGAGACCGUGGAGUUGUCAGAAGUGGAGGACCGGCUAUCACACGAAGAGAAGGAAGAAGCAACUGCUGAAACUCAUCCUGAACACUCUAAGGAAGGUAGUGCGGAUGUGUCUGAUGCUGAAUUUGAUAGUCACCAUGAAGUGCUGGAGCAGCCCCUAGAAGAGGGUGCUCAAGGAGAGGAAGAGGAUCAUGAAGGAAGCACUGACGGUCGGAAGAAGGAAUCUGAGCCUGACAACUUCGAGACUGGCGACCAUCAUGCACCGGAAGAACGGCUUCAAAUAGACGUCAGCGAAGAAAACCAGCAAACGUCUCAUGAUCAGCACGAGGACUCUGAGACUGAUCACGAUCCCGACACAGACGCUGAUGACGACACAGCCGAUUCUGGCGAGCAGCUGCCGUCUGAGCUCUGGUCGCCAUCCAUCCAUGUUGCUGCUGUGGAGGUCGGCAGCGCUGAGCCGGUCAGAGACGAGUCUGCAGCACCUGCCAGUCUCCAGGCGCCGUCAUCAGGAACGUUCGACUCCAGCGCCCUUGCCAGCGCACCAGUGGAAUUCAGCGUGAAGGAGGGGGGCUCUCUGAUCCUGCCCUGUGGCUCCGCCAUGAUGACAAAGAGCUCGGUACGCUGGUACCGGUCCGGCCGGCCGCUGUUCCAGGGGCAGAGCUCCCUAUCUGCAGACGGUCGCCUCCAUCUGCUGGCCGACGGCAGUCUGCGGCUGACCUCAGCCUCCACUCAGGACGACGGCAUGUUCACGUGCCGGGCGUAUGGCGACGAGGGCGCCUUCACGGAGACCAGCCACCGGGUGCACGUGAGGAGCAGAGAGGAGGCGCUGAAGGAGGAGGCCGGCAGGACCCUGGGAAGUGCCCCAUCCCUUCAGGUGGUCACCGAGCCCGCGGAUGGCGUUAGGAUCGUGGAGAGGGAUGAGGCCACCAGCCUGUCCUGCUGGGCGCCCGGACAGCCCCGCGCCACAGUUACCUGGACCAAACAGGAGGGCAAUCUGCCGUACGGCGAGUCAAUGCUGAGAGGACCCCGACUGGACAUUGGUAAGGUGAUGCCGGCCCAUCGUGGAACCUACCGCUGCACUGUGACCACUGCCGACAAUAGGACAGAGACCCGCACGUUGCUGCUGCAAGUCAACUUUGCUCCGGAAGUGACCGCUCCGGAGCCGGAGGUGCACUCGGGAGAGGACCACCAGGCGGUCCUCAACUGCCGGGUCGAGGCCCACCCGCCGGCAAAGGUUCACUGGAGGCGGACCAGCGGCCGUCCGCUCCGGCCGGGUCACCACCUGCAGACCCAGGAGGACGGCAUGUUCAGGCUGACAAUGCUGGUCGAGUCCGAAGACCUGGACACGUACGUCUGUGAGGCUGAAAACUCGCUGGGCAGAGCCGAGGCGCCCGUCGUCCUCACAGGUCGGCCCGGUCGACCCGUGGUGACCUCUCCAGCCCGCGGCUCCGAGUCUGAGACCUACACACUGCGCUGGUGGGCCCCCAGCUUCCCGCCGCUGAUGGCCUACAAACUCAUCUACCGACGGCGAAUAACGGACGCCAACCGGCCGGUGGGGUACUGGCGGACCGCCUGGCUGGAGACGGUCAUCCCCCUGGACGAGGAGGAGGAGGACAGCUACGAGGACAAGAACGCCGCCGAGGACGAGCUGGAUGACGCCGCCGAUGACGGCUACAACAGUCAUCAGUACGUCAUCCGCAAGCUGAAGCCUCAGUCGGAGUACGAGGUGAAUGUGCUGGCGCAGAACAAGCACGGAUGGAGUAAACCGAGCGAAAAGUUCGUGUUCCGGACGGCACCAGGUUCAGGAAAGGACCCUGUUCGUCAGACCCAGCAUAACACUGCUGACACCCUCGGCGGCGGUAAUCCGGCGGCGCGCGCGCGUGCCGGCCCGGCCACCCUGCUGCUGGGACUCGCCGCCGGCCUGCUGCUGCGACCGUGAUGCCGCUGGCCACCAGCUGAGUGGGCGCUUAGAUCGCCGUCACACCCAGCCACCACUGUGUGUUCUGCGGUCAGACAGCGUCGACUGAUCGCUGACCGCCGCCGGUGGCGUCUGGUUCCGUCUACCAACCACUGGUCGGUCAUCACGGGCUGGCCAGAAGCCUGGAGGUCUUCAGACCCGGCCGAACCGGAAGCCAGCAGGAGCUCUGACGGAUCAGUGGAGGCUGGUCGGACAGUCAGCAGCCGCAGAGACGUCAGCAGUGAUGGACCGGAAGGGGAUGUGCUGUGGGUGACAGAAAGCUGUGUGUGAGGACGUGACGGGACUUUGUUAAACCGACAGGCGAGGGAGUGGUAUGCGUGAUGGAGCUUAGUUCAAACACUUAAAUUGAAAUGUGAUCAGGAUUGAAUGAAGCGCCCUUAUGACAUCCAUUCGAACGUCGACGUCGCGAAAGACUGCCGCUAGAUCCUGCUUAUUUAUUGCUACGAACUUUCUCUGUAUACUCUCUAAUAACUGCGUCGCUUCAGCAGCAAUAGCCAAUGGGUAUAAGCAUUCGACCGUCAUAGGUCCUUGAAUCAAACGUUGACUCAGCCUGCGAACUAUUUCGGACGGUCGAUCGGGCCUGAAAUGUCGUUUGACGCGGUGUUCCGCGGCUUAUUUGUGCAGCGCGGCCGUUGUGAAACACAUGGAUGUGCUUAUCUUUGAGUGUGAGCUUUGCGAGGCUUCCAAGAAGUAGGCUUUCAUCGGGUGAGAUGUUUCGGCAGCCCAUGGCUUAUGUUGUGUGGUGAUGACAUAAAGAAGUAACUAGGUGGCAUUGCUGAGGGAUGUAAAAGCACACAAAGUGCGUGCCUGAUCGGCUUAAAUCAAUAAGCUGAUGGUCUCAGACGUCAGAAGCACACAUUGCUGGGACUCUGAAAUGCUCGAGCUUACAUACAUGACUGCCAACAUAUGA